UCUGGCUUUUCAGACUCUGGCCACACGUAAAAUUUUCCGGGCCCUUCUCCACGGAGCAAAAUAGAAACAAAUUUCGUUUAUUUCAUGCUAAAUUGGCCCAGAUCCGUACUACGAUGCUCAUGAGUCGAGCGCUCUGCCGGAGUUGGCUGCCCCAGGUGGCCCACAGAUGUCAUGCCAAUGUGCCGAUCCUGCGGAUAAACUCCGGCCAUCCGGCGGCCCGAUCCUGGCGGCAGUUCCACAGCAACCGGAAGCAGAGCAGCAAUUUGAAGCCCGCGACCGGAGAACCUCUGGCGGCAGAGCAAAACACCACGGUGCCGAUGAACAAUGUGAUCAAGGCGGUGGCCUUCACGGGAGCAUUUACGGUGGGCUGCUUUGCGGGAGCCACCAUCCUGGAGUACGAGAACACACGCAGUCUCAUCCUGGAGAAGGCGCGCCAGGCGAGAUUCGGCUGGUGGCAGAGCCGUUCCCUAGCGGAUCGAGACUACUGGACACAGCUGAAGCAGGACAUGCGGCGGCAAUGGGACUCACUGACGCCCGGCGACAAGAUGUUCGCCCCCAUCUUUUUCUGCAAUAUGCUGGCCUUCGCCAUGUGGCGCGUUCCCGCCCUGAGAUCCACCAUGAUGACCUACUUCACCUCCAAUCCAGCGGCGCGAGUCGUCUGCUGGCCCAUGUUCCUGUCCACCUUCAGCCACUACUCGGCCAUGCACAUAUUCGCCAAUAUGUACGUGAUGCACAGCUUUGCCAACGCGGCGGUCCUGUCGUUGGGCAAAGAGCAGUUCCUGGCGGUCUACCUCAGCGCGGGCGUCUUCUCCAGCCUGAUGAGCGUGCUCUACAAAGCGGGCACGAGUCAGGCGGGGAUGUCCUUGGGUGCGUCGGGAGCCAUUAUGACACUAUUGGCCUAUGUGUGCACCCAGUAUCCGGAUACCCAGCUUAGCAUUCUGUUCCUGCCCGCGCUGACAUUCUCCGCCGGAGCUGGCAUCAAGGUGCUCAUGGGCAUCGACUUUGCCGGCGUUGUGCUGGGCUGGAAGUUCUUUGAUCAUGCGGCGCAUUUAGGCGGCGCUAUGUUUGGCAUCUUUUGGGCCACAUAUGGAGCACAGAUUUGGGCGAAGCGCAUUGGCCUGCUGAAUUACUACCACGACCUGCGACGAACGAAGCAGAAAUAGUACUGGAGUAUGCGGAAUUGGCCAAGUGAACGGACGAGGAGUUGGGGUCUCGGAGUGGUAGCUACUAGCACUCUGAAUGUGACGAUAAUACUGACAUCGUUCUGCCUUAGAAGUUCAUUGCAAUGAGUUAAGUUGAAUAAAGCGUUAACAACGUGUAA